AUGGAUGUUCCAAUUCCAGAAAAUGUGGAUGUUCCAAUUCCGGAAAAUGCAGAUAUUCCAAUCUCUCAAACACAAUUUCAAAGAAUUGACCUUGAUUCUUUGGAUUAUGAUCCCGGAACACACAAACAAAUAUGGGAAUAUCAUGUUAAUCAACAUGAUGAAAUUCGACGGGCUUACAUUAAAAAAGUGGAUAUUGUGACUUUUUGGAAUGAGAAGGUUGGCGAAAUAAUAGAAAAAGCUCCAAAAAAUGCAACCUACACAUCACCUAGGAUUCAAAAGGAAAUUCUACAUGUUUUCUCAGCCAAAGUGAAGAAGGCCAUUCGGGAAGAAAUUGGUGAUGUAAAGUUUUGCAUAAUGGUUGAUGAAGCUCGUGAUGAGUCCAUGAAAGAGCAAAUGGCUAUGGUUUUUAGAUAUGUUGAUGCAGAAGGCUUUGUGAAAGAAAGUUUUUUUGGGCUUAUUCAUGCUGUUGACACUGCGACUUUGACUCUAAAGAAAGGGAUAUAUUCUUUGUUAUCUCAAUAUUGCUUAGAUAUACAAAAUAUUCGAGGGCAAGGAUAUGGUGGAGCAAGCAACAUGCGAGGUAUGUGGAAUGGAUUACAAGCUUUGAUUUUGAAUGAUUGCUCAUAUGUUUACUACAUCCAUUGUUUUGCACAUCGCUUACAAUUGGCAUUAGUAAAAGCAUCAAAACAAGUUGUUCCCAUUAGUCAUUUUUUUCUUACAUUGCUUUUUCUGAUCAAAAUUGUUAAUGCUUCAUGCAAGCGCAAUGAGCAAUUGAAAGUUGCCAAUGCUAAUGAAAUAGCACGUUUGAUUGAUCUUGAAGAGCUUGAGACUAGAAGUGGACUUAAUCAAAUUGGCACUUUACAACAACCUGUAGAAACACGUUGGAGUUCACAUUUUAGAUCAGUUUCUAGCUUAUUAAGGAUGUUUACUUCAACUAUUGAAGUUUUACAAAAUAUAAUUGAUGAUGCAAUUGAUAGAGAAUAUCGAGCAGAAGGAGAGUCAGCUUAUGAUGGUUUAACUUCAUUUGAAUUUGUCUUCAUCUUGCAUCUUGAGAAAGGAACUAUGGAGAUCACUGAUAAACUUUGUCAAGCUUUGCAAAGCCAAUCUCAAGACAUUUGA